AUGAGGUCUCUAUACACAUUUCUGUUGAUAGCUCUGCUGCUAGUCAGUCGUGUGUUCGUUCAGCCCAUCUACUCUCUCAUUUCUGACUGCGAUGAGACCUUCAACUAUUGGGAACCAUUGAAUUUCUUGCUGCGUGGAUUCGGCAAGCAAACCUGGGAGUACUCCCCCGACUACUCCAUAAGAUCCUGGGCGUUUCUGCUGCCGUUGUACGCACUGCUAUCGCCUAUAGGUAGAAUUUUCAAUGCAGUAGGAUUUCCGCCCUCCACUUUGUUCUACCUUGCUCGGUCCUUUUUGGGCCUUUACAGCUUCAGCAUGGAGUGGCUUUUGUUCUGUGAACUUGAAACUACGCUCUCGAUUCAAACCGCAAAUCUGUGGCUAUUUUUCCAACUUUUCAACCCAGGUUGGUUUCACGCGUCCGUGGAGCUACUACCUUCUUCAUUCGCCAUGGUUACAAUGCUGGGAUUCUUAAAAUAUGCACUGCGCUACUUGUCCAAUGGAUCUCAAAAAGCGUUCGUCCAAGCCCUGAUCUUCAACUUUGUGAGCGGCAUUUUGGGCUGGCCAUUCGUUCUCAUCUUGAGCACUCCAUUGGUGAUACACUUCAUCUUCACGCACACAGUUUGGGGGGUUUUGAAUGCAGGGUUUGCCUCUCUCGCACGGCUUGUGGCGGUAGCCACUUGCGUCUUCGCCAUAGAUUCGGCAUUUUACGGAAAGUUCACCCCUGUGGCCUGGAACAUUGUGAUGUACAACGUCAUUGCAGCCGACGAAAAGAGCGGACCAAAUAUUUUUGGCGUUGAACCCUGGUAUUAUUAUCCCUUGAAUCUACUUCUCAACUUCCCUCUUCCCACCCUUGGUGCCUGUGCUGUAGGGAUCUUAACUAACGUGAGACUAGCAUCGAUAUGGGGGUCGUUUCUGAUUUGGAUGGCCGUAUUUUUGCUUCAACCCCAUAAGGAAGAAAGGUUCCUUUACCCAAUUUAUGCCAUAAUAUCGCUAGCAGCUAGUGUUGGUGCUAUAAACGUCUGGAAACGCCUAUGGAUAUCGAAACCUCUUCGCAACACGAUAUUCUUUAUCAUUUAUGUUUCCGUCUUCUUCCAGAGCUCUAUGCGAAUUUUCGCACUUGUAACCAAUUACGCGGCACCGUUAGAUGUCUAUUCUCACUUGCCUAACGUCCGCGGGCCCCAGACCAUAUGCGUAGGUCGUGAAUGGUAUCAUUUUCCAGCCUCGAUCUUUUUAGCCGAGGAUUCCAGACUAGAGUUUGUGGAAUCUGGUUUUGACGGUUUGCUACCUGGGGACUUCAAGGAGACGCACAGCAUCUUCAACAGCAUCAGAGAGGUUCCAUCUGGGAUGAACAAUCAAAACCUAUUCGACUCUUCAAAGAUAGUCGCGGUCGAACCAUGUGAUUAUUACAUUGAUAUUAUGCAACCGAGUGACAGCCCACGGGACGUUUUGGACCCAACUAAACUUGGCAGCGACUGGAAAUGCAUCUACAAGGCUCCAUUUAUUGACGUUUCCAGUUCUAAAUUUUUUGGGCGUGCAUUUGCGUUGCCAGAGAGACUUCUAGCCGUAUUGCCGACACCGAAGAUUUGGACUUACUUCUACCAGGCUCAUUACCUUGACUACUGCCUGUUCGAGAGAAAGCACGAAUAUGUCUAG